UUUUUUUAAGUUUAAAUGUGGACGGACACAGCAUGCAUAAACAGAAGCUUCUGAAAAUCCCUUGUUGCAUAGAUAAAGUUCUUAAGUUGUCACAAAAAUGUUGAGCCAAAAUAUUAAAACACCCCUCUUCUUUGCUGUCUCAUUUUCAGCCAUCGCUUGUCUCAUCUACACAAGCAGCCUCGUUUCUAGUGGCGCCCUCAUUACUAAUCUCUGUGUACACUCCGCAGAGAAAUUAGUAUUGCAGGAGAUGGGUGAAGAAAAAGAUGACAGUGAAGCUCCUGAUCUUCUUAUUGCUCCUCCCGAAUUGACGAUGCCAAAAAGAAUAGCUUGGUUCCGGGGAAAACUUCCGGAUCUUGAUGUUCUUAAAUCAAACGAUUUCGGUCAGAAAUUUCACGGCCGGGUUCUGGAAUUCUUUGAUAAAAAUUGUACUAAUCAGUUCUUCAUGAUUUGGUUUUCACCAGCUCGUAAAUUUGGACCGAGAGAGUUCUUGACGGUAGAGAGUCUGAUGACGGCCAAUCCGCAGGCAUGCUUGAUGAUUUUAUCAAGAACUCUAGACUCGCGGCGUGGCCACAAAAUCUUGAAACCUCUACUUGAUCGUGGACUUAAAAUUGUUGCAGUUACACCGGAUGUGCCGUUUUUAUUGAAGAAUACACCAGCUGAAGCUUGGCUUGAAGAAUUGAAAAGUGGCAACAAGGACCCUGGAAAGUAUCCAUUAUACAAUAAUCUUUCUAAUCUCAUCAGGCUUGCCAUUUUAUACAGGUACGGAGGUGUUUACUUGGACACAGAUUUCAUUGUUCUGAGAAACUUCACAGGGUUGAGAAAUGCAGUUGGGGUGCAAGUUAUAGAUCCGAAGACUGAAAAAUGGAGCUCAGUGAAUAAUGCUUUAAUGAUCUUUGACAUUUCACAUCCGAUUUUAGUCGAAUUCUUGAGGGAAUUCGCCACAACUUUUGAUGGAAACAUGUGGGGUCACAAUGGUCCGUACAUGCUUUCCAGGGUUAUUAGGAGACUGAACGUUGGAGGUGCAAACACAAAUCCUUAUAACAUUACAAUUUUACCGAGAAAGGCAUUUUAUCCGGUGGAUUGGUUUCAGAUGCCCAAACUGUAUAAGAAACCGACGACAGAGCAAGAAUCAGAACGGGCGGAAAAAACGGUGGCUGAGCUUAACAGGGACAGCUAUGCGCUACACCUAUGGAACAGGGUAACAAGGGGAUUAGUUAUUGAAGAGGGAAGUGUUAUACAAAGAAUAAUUGCAUCUCACUGUUUAAUAUGCCGAGACACGUAUAAUCCUUCCAUAGCUAUCUAA